AUGAAUCCUUUAGAUUCGUAUGUAGAAACCAACCAUUUGGCCACCAUAAGAGCUCACAGAGCAUACCGUGAAGUAUUGGUGACGAUUGGCGGUCAAUUAAUCGGAUCAGUGGUUCCUUUCCCGGUGAUAUUCAGUGGUGGAAUCAAUCCUCUAUUUUGGGAGCCUGUUGUCUCCAUUGGAGCUUUUGAUCUUCUUACUUAUAAUAUCAAUUUCACUCCGCUUCUAGUGAUUCUUUUAAAUAACAAAAACCAUCCAGCUAGGCUUCAGGUUGCUAAUGGUAUCUCCUUUUGGCUUAUGGAUGCAAAUAUAUCUCUGGUUGGAUCAUACAGAUGUUAA